AUGCAUACAGAGAAAUGCACAGUCUCCAAGAAACACUCGCUGGUCCUGGAUAAAACGUGUAACUGUAACCUGCAUGCGCGGCGCUGCCGGUUCAACAUGGAGCUGUACAAGCUGUCGGGGCGCAAGAGUGGCGGCGUGUGCAUGAACUGCAGACACAACACGGCGGGACGCCACUGCCACUACUGCAAGGAGGGCUUCUACCGGGACAUGGCCCGGCCCAUCACUCACAGACGCGCCUGCAAGGCGUGUGACUGCCACCCGGUGGGGGCUGCUGGUAAGACAUGUAACCAGACUACAGGCCAGUGCCCCUGCAAGGACGGAGUCACCGGCAUCACCUGCAACCGCUGCGCCAAGGGCUACCAGCAGAGCAGAUCACCUGUGGCCCCCUGCAUCAAGAUUCCAGUCAUCAGCCCCACAGCAGUUGUCAGCAGCAGCAGCACAGAAGCAGAAGAUCCUGCAGACUGUGAAUCUUACUGUAAACCAGUGAAGGGAAAUCUGAAGAUCAACAUGAAGAAGUACUGCAAGAAAGACUAUGCCGUGCAGGUGAACGUGCUGGACAUGCAGACGGUGGGCGACUGGGCCAAGUUCACCGUCAACGUGGUGUCCGUGUACAAGAGCCGCGGCGAGCCGCUCAAGCGCGGCGACAACCUGCUGUGGAUCCACAUGAAGGACCUGGCCUGCAAGUGCCCGCGCCUGCAGAUGAGCAAGCGCUUCCUGGUGCUGGGGACCAGCGAGGGCGCCACGGGCACGGGCACGGGCACGGGCAGCAACGCGGGCGCCGGCUCCGCGCCGGGCGUGGGCCUCCUCGCCGACAAGAACAGCCUGGUCAUCCAGUGGCGGGACGUGUGGACGCGGCGGCUGCGGAAAUUCCAGCGCAAGGAGAAGAAGGGCAAGUGCAGCAAGGCAUGAUGACCGCUGCCCUGACCGCUCGACCUUCAGACUGACCCCUACCCAUCCCCACAGUGACCUUUGACCUCCCUGCCCCCCCCCUUUCCCCUCCCUGGAGCACAUUUACAGAGACUGUAUGUACCCUGCCUGUGUGGGACCACUAUGUGUAUAUUGUAUUAUUAUUUGAACUCUCUGUUUCUUUUCUACUGGUCUGCCUUGUAAAGGGACCAUAAAAAAGGGGAAGACGUGUCCGCCACGACUCUCGACAACGACAGUCAAAUGUCCACUUUUGCUCUCCCCUAGUCCCACGUUUCAGUCCCUUAAAGACUUGACCCCACUCUUGUCCCCCCCCUCUAAGCCAACGCUGAUGGGCUAGUCUCAUCAAACGAUCACCGCACCCUGGAUGCAUGACCUUCCCGAGCCAGGGAUGCGAGCCGAGCUCUAAGCUACCUGAAGGAUGGAUUUCUGCACUCACACAAACCUGCUGGACACCUCCCCCCCCUACACCGACCAAUGAAACUGCACAACCUGCGUUCUACUGCCUCCUCCGCUGUUCACCUCCUGUUACCGUACUCACCUGAUCUCCACAGUGUCCUUCAAACUCUGCCCUCAUGAGUUCUCUCUCUCCCCCUCCCUCUCUCUCUCUAUCUCUCUCACUCCCUGUCUAUCUCUCUGUGAACCCUUCUCCAUCUAUUCGGCCUCCCCUGGUUCCUUGCGUAUUUAGAACCUUGUAUCUCUCUCUCUCUCUCUCUCUCUCUCUCUCUCUCUGUGUAUCUCUGUGUCCCUCUGUAUUUAUAGAACUCCAUGAGGCCUACAGCCUGGACUCCUCGUCCUCCACUGCUGCUUUUCAUCACUGGUGCUCUCUCUUUCUCUCUCUUUCUCUUCCUCUCUCUCUUUCCCUCUACCUCUCUCUCUCGCUAUCUCUCGCUGCCUGUUUCUGCAGCUGCUAACAGGCUGCUCAAUCACACACCAAACGCUCCACCCCCCCGUCACACUCAGGCCUGGCUAAGCGAUUCCUCCUUCUGGGUGAUGGAUGCCUCGGACAGAAGACAGGAACCUGAACUGUGAUUGGUUCCCUCUUCAGCAGAACAUCCAGGAAGAAAUGACAUCAUCCUCAGAUAGACAGACAGUGUGUUUUUUUUUAAAGACUGACUCUCUUCUCAAUAAGGUCUUCCAAUAGUGGUGCAUAUCAUAUAAACAUAUGAUUACAUGUGAUUCCUUCUAAUACUGCCUACUUUCUGAGUGCAUGAGUGAGUUUGUGUGCAUGACGCAUAAGGAUGUACAAACUUAAUGAUGAAUGGACACACACACACACACACACAUGCACACACACACAGCUAGGCUGGUCGGUCUGGAAAGUUUUUCCCGUGCCAUGUCUGCUCUCCCAGGAGAGGGUUUCUUUAUGUUUUUGUGUUUGAAUGUUUGUGGUUUGCUCUGGGCUCCGUCCGGCGGACAACAAGAGUUACGGCAGAGCCAAGCCGAGCCCAGCCGAGCGCCGCGUCGUCCAACGCGAGCGAACAUUCUGCUCCGAAGGAACCUUCCAGAAAUGCUCCCCCCCCCAACCCGCACCCCCCUCCCCCACCCCCACCACCACACCACCAUUCCCAAAAACCCACUCUGAAAUCUUUCCUUUCUUUCGUUGCCAGACUGCAUUUAAAUUGAAUCAUGUGGGGGGAGGGUGGAUGCCACCGCAAGAGCAGGAGGGAAAAGAGGGUGUAGCGCGAGCGUCUGUUUGCAUGUUUGCAUGUUUUCAUUAUGCUGCUCUCCGGCUCUCUGCUGAUUUAUUUCAAAUGCUCGUUGCCGCGUAAACAGAACCGCAGCGCCAGCCAAACCCACCGCUGCCACGGCAACCCCUGCAUGUCUCCACCGCACUGCGCUAGCUGCUAGCAUAGCGGCCUGUUUGGAUUGUCAUACUUCCAGCUCUCGUUCUCUCCCUCUCCCCCUCCAUUCUCUCUCUCUCCAUUCUCCCUCUCUCCCUCUCUCUCCCCAAAUGCCUAACUCCCAGUCUUCCUUUCCUGCUUUUCGUUCUCACCACAUCUCAUGCACUUUCUUCAUUUCUCCCCCCACACUCCCUUUGCCCCACAACUGCCUCACUCUAUCCCCAAAAGUCUCUCUCUCUCGCUCUCUCUUUGAGUCUCUGUUUUUGCCAGAAGCAGCCUGAUUGGGUGUCCUGUUUUCAUUUUCAGAAGGAAUGUAUAUGAAGUGAAAUGGCCCAGAUUGUAUAAUCCUGAUGCAAACCUGACACACACACACACACACACACACACACACACAUACACGCACAAGCCCAUGUGUUCACACACACACACACACACACACACACACACACACGCAUAUACACGUCAAUCCACAACAAAUAUACACACCCAUAUGCACUCAUGGAUAGUUUCAUGUUUGAGGUUAAAUGUGGGGAUCAAUGCUUUUGUUUCAUUUUACUUCAACCACAGUGUGUCUAAUUCAAUCAACCAUGAACACACACACACACACUCACAGACACACACAGACAUACUGUACACACUCACCUCUGUCCCAAAACUGGUGAUGCCAAAUCCACCCUGGAACCAAAGCUGGAUGAAUCUGAGUUUGUCCUGCUUUUUUCAACCAGCUGUGUUUUCUCCCAUUCCUGCAGAGUGUGUGUGUGUGGUGUGUGUGUGUGUUAUGAGAGAGAGAGAGCGAAAGAGUCCUUUUAAAAACUGAAUUCUCCAUGUUAGGCAUUUAAUAACUUGUGUAGCAUAUUAUUACUGAAAAUGUCCACACAAAUUAUACGUGUCUUUGCAUGACUUUGUAUUGCUGUUAUUAUCGCUAUGCGUAUGAAUGUCACAUUCAAUGUUGAACAUAUUUGGAAAAGGUUCUUUACUUUGCUCUUGAUGUAGAAUUCUCUCUGGUCACAAGAACCCUUUUAUCCUCAAAUGGUUCUACAUCAGAUCCCCAUCUGGCUCCACUUAGAGCUGAAAGGCUAUGCUUGGCACUGGGCUGGUGGCUCCUAGCAGAGGUGCAGGAAUGGUUCGACUCACACACAAUUUGGUGUGUGUGUGUGUGUGUGUGUGUGUGUGUGUGUGUGUGUGUGUGUGUGUGUGCCUGUGUGUAAGUGUGUCAGAGGAGACAAGGCUUCUGUGUAUAGGUUUGCCGGCUCAGGAUGCUUUGGACGGGAAGUUGACAGCUUCUGACCGUAACGGGAGUGUGUGUCUGUGUGUGUGUGUGUGUGUGUGUGUGUGUAUUAGGUCUGCUGUGUGAAUAAAGCACAUUCUGCUGUGAGAGUUGAGAGAGGACAGUGUGGUGUAUAGGUGUGUGAGCACCGAGUAGAAAGCGGGUCCUCUUGAACACUAGUGUGUAUUUCUGGGUAUGUGUCUGUGUGUGUGUGUGUGUGUGUGUGUGUGUGUGUGUGCAUGUGUGUGCCAUGCAGGUGUUUCUCUGUAACACUCUCGUCUCUUAAACACCGCUGAGGUUUCGCCAAACACCAACAUAUCCGUUCAAGGUUUCCAUGGUGACCGGCGGGUACAAACUGCUGUUAUUUGGAGUCGGGUGUGAGCCAGUGUUGCUUUAACAAGCGUCUCUCGCUCACUCCUCUUUCGUUGUCCACAGGUGUGUGUUUGUGUGUGUGUGCAUGUAUGUGUGUGUGUGUGUGUGUGUGCGCGCGUGCAUGUGUCCAUGUGUGAGUGUGUGUUCGUGCUCACGCCUCGUUAAACUACGGAAGGCGAGCUGCACGCGAGCCGGGACUGAAAAGAGCAUUACAUCAAAAGUGUUCAAAGAACAUUGUGCUUGGUGUUGGUAUGUGUGUGUGUGUGUGUGUGUGUGUGUGUGUGUGUGUGUGUGUGUGUGUGUGUGAGAGAGAGAGAGAGAGAGAGAGAGAGAGAGCUCUUUGAGUUUAUGGGUGUUCCCUCUAAUCAGACCGAGCUCAAAUAUUCUGAACGCAAACUUCACACGUCCCACAUGGUUAAAGUCUGUCGCUUUCUCUCUCUGUCUCGCACACACACAGACCAAGACCCACACACACACACACACACAGUUGGCAGACCCACUCCAGUCUGGGUUUAUGCAUCCCCGAUGGUAAUCUGGAGUGUACUAAUGAUGUAAAUAGGACUAGUGGCCGCACGCUAACGUUCCUGCCCUCCUCUCUGUGGUGUGGUGCGAGUGGUGAAGUGGACAGCUCUGGACUUUCCAGAUCAGGGUCCAGGAGAGGCCCGGGGAGAGGGUCAGAGAGGAGCUCUGAACUGCCCAUCCCUCUCUCUCUCUCUCCCUCCCUCUUUCUCUCUCUCCCUCUUUCUCUACCCCGUAUUCCAUCUUUCCUGCGGACAGAAACAAUGAGCGACGAGCAAAAGCUACGGUGUCUCAAGAGGGACAUGUGUCCAUCGGCCUUGUGUGGAGAGCACAGUUGUGCUGGCCUUACUCCUUGUGUCUCAUUCUCAUGCAUUCUCUGUAUGUGUCACUCAGACGCAAUGACCACUGACUUUUUAAUCGUAAAUGGAAAUAAAUUAUUAG